AUGAGGGCAGCCCUGCAGAUGACAGCGUUCGGCCUUGCUCUUGUCUCAACCCUCUUCCUGCUCCUGGCCACCUGCACUGACUGCUGGAUGGUGAACGCUGAUGACAGCUUGGAGGUGAGUCACAAGUGCCGGGGGCUCUGGAGGGAGUGUGUCACCAACAUGCAGGACGGGGUCAGGACCUGUGACCAGUAUGACUCCAUCCUGGCUGACCAUCCGGUGAAGAUUGUGGUGACACGGACACUGCUGAUCACAGCAGACCUCCUGGCUGGCCUGGCUCUGGCCAUGCUGCUCCUGGGGCUGGACUGCAUCAAGUUCCUUAAGGAAGAUCCCACUGUCAAACUGAAGAUGUGCGAUGGGGCCGGCGGCAUCCUCGGCAUUGGGAGCAUCCUGGGUCUGGUGGGCUCUGUGUGGUACGCAGUGGAUGUCUACGUGGAGAGAGCCAUGCUGGUGGCACACAACGUGUUCCUGGGGGUCCACUAUGACUUCGGGUGGUCGUGCUGGCUGGGGAUGGCUGGCUCCAUGGGCUGCCUUGUGGCAUCGGUGCUGCUGUCCCGCUGCCUCUGUGCCUGCACAGGUCAGUCUGCCCCAUCCCAUCCCAUCCGGACACCUUGUGUCCUGCACGAUGGGUGA